AUGUCGGCUUCCCAAGAGGCAGCAAUCGGCCAAGCCUUGCGACCGCUUCUCAAUAACAAUGGGUUUUCUUCGGUUAAAAUUAUCGGGUUUGAACACAAUUGGGACAACGCUGGAGGCUAUCCUAUAGAUUUGAUGAAAGCUGCCCCCAACGCAUUCUCGGGAGUUUCGUUCCAUUGUUACGCGUCCGGGGGCCCAUCUCAGCUGGAGACAUUCCAUAAUGCAUACCCUAAUAAGGAGAUUUAUUUCACUGAAUGCACAGGUUCCUUCGGUAGUGACUGGUGGUCCGAUAUCAAGUGGACUAUGGACAAUAUUGCAAUUGGCGCUCCCCAACACUGGGCGCGCACGGCACUCGAGUGGAAUUUUGCCAGCAAUGAAAGCGGAGGCCCUACCUUCCCCGGAACUGAUAGUUGCAAGAGUCCUGCUUGCCGCGCCAUCGUAACAGUCAAGUCCGACGGCUCGUACGAACUUAACCAGGAGUUCUAUUCCUUGGCCCAGGCAUCUCGAGCUAUAGUUCCAAAAGACCCUGGAGGACCUAUUGGUCAGCGAAUUGGGGUUACUGUUGGCGGAAACCUAUCAUGGGCGCUCCGAGUGAACGCAUUCGUCACCAAGCGAAGCAAUAGUGCAGACUGGAAUAGGUACAGCAUUGUUGUGCUCAACUGGAACGAUAACUCAAGCUCGAGCUGGAACCCUCAACCUGUCAAGGCUACAAUCGAGUUUAGAGGAGUUCAGGCAAAUUAUACUUUCCCAGUUGGGGUAACUACUCUGUGGUGGUUUGCACCUUCAUGA